AUGAAACAAUCCAAUUGCUGUAAGGAUGGUCAUUCUGAGAAGUCUCCGUUAAGAAAAGCCGUAUUUCAGAAAGGUCACCUCACUCAGCAUCUCAUGAUCCAUUCGGGAGGUCGUCCGCAUCAAUGCAACCUCUGUCAAAAGACGUUUAUUUUCAAGUUUGAUCUCAAUCGGCACAUGAAGAUCCAUGCCGAACGCGCGGUUAUUCGUGCCGACAGUGUGGGCGUUCAUUCACGCGGCAACAAUCACUUGAUGAACAUGCUCUCAAAUGUAAAACGAAAACACCUCCGGCGCCGCCACACCUCCGAUGAAAAUCGAGCAGCCGUCUCCAGUGUUUCCACUGAUUUCCCAACCAUGGCGCAGUCGUUGAUUGCUCAGCAACAGCAGCGAGCGCUCGCUGCGCUAUUCGCUCGGCAUCAAGCAGCUCAGCUGCCACCGCAGCCAGCCGCUCCACCGCCACCACCGCCACCGGCCCCGACAGCGCAAUUGAUGCCGUCACUGUUUCUGCGCACUCUGCAGUCGUGCAUUCCCGAACCAGCCGGCGUUCGCCGUUCACAUAACAACAACGUGGCUGCUGUCGCCGACGAGGCGAAACUUCCGGUAUUAGCACCCGUAAACCCCAUCAAGACAGAUCCCGAAGAAGUUCAUGUCAACAUUCUAUCGACUGCAACUAACUCCUCCUGCUCUUCGAGUCCUCAAGAAACAUCUUCGACGGCUUUCGCUGAGACAUCACCGAGCAAUACCGAAGAAGUGACGGCAUCUCCACACAACGAAUCCAUGCACUCUCCACCAUCGAGUCAGGCCGGUGAACUAUCGUCGAAGCAUGAAAAAAGGAAACAUUCUGGAACAAAAAGGUCUUCACAAAUUCACAUUUUUCACCCAGAAUUUUUAUUCAACUCUCAUGUUGUUACAACGACUGGUCAAUUACUGAAUCAGUGCUCACCGGAUAACGUUUUCAUCGCACAUACAAAGAAUAUCUUCGCUCAGCUGCAAAACAGUAUCUGCUCGUCGGAAUAA